AUGGGAGAGGCAGUAUCCCCUUACCUCCACUUAUAUAUAUAUAUAAGUAUUAGUUCUGUGCUGAUUGGUAUCUGUGGAAUUGUAAUCUUUGCCGGCAAGCCAAUACCAAGCAUGUUACCACACACAUUUAGAAGAACGAUGGCCACUAAGAUCCCCACGAGCUUCAAGUCUAUCAUUUAUUCGACGCACAACGUCGAUGAUUGCUCCUCAGUAUUGUCACUGCACAACUAUACUGCAGCUGAGGAUUUGAACAGCUCGAUUGUGGUGCGUACGCUGGCUUUCCCGAUCAAUCCAUCGGAUGUCAACCAGUUGCAAGGCGUUUACCCAUCGCUACCCCUAAAGACGAUGAAUUACUCGACAGAAGUACCUUCGGCCAUUGCAGGCAACGAAGCUGUCUUCGAAGUUAUCCACACUCCGCGUAACUCUUCCGGUAACUUGAAGAAGGGCGACUGGGUUAUCCCAUUGCAGGCAAAUCAGGGUACCUGGUCCAACUAUCGUGUGUUCCCGGACUCGUCCCAUUUGAUUAAAGUGAACGGUCUCGAUCUAUUUAGUGCGGCGACGGUUUCAGUUAAUGGUGUCACGGCGUACCAGUUGGUCAACAACUUUGUGAAAUGGAACAAGGGCCAGAACGAGUGGCUGAUCCAAAACGCAGGUACUUCUGGUGUUUCCAAACUGGUUACCCAAAUAGCCAAGGCGAAUGGGAUUAAGACUUUGAGUGUUAUUAGAGACAGGGACAAUUUUGCGGAUGUUGCGUCCGUGUUGGAGCAGAAAUUUGGUGCCACGAAGGUCAUCUCUGAAACAGAAAACAACGACAAGAUCUUUGGGAAAGAAAAGUUGCCUGAGAUCCUUGGACCGGAUGCCCGUGUUCGAUUGGCGUUGAAUUCGGUUGGUGGGAAAUCAAGUUCGUCAAUUGCAAGAAAACUGGAGAAGAAUGCAUUGAUGCUGACGUACGGUGGUAUGUCUAAACAACCGGUGACUUUACCCACCUCUUUACACAUAUUCAAAGGAUUGACCUCCGCCGGGUAUUGGGUCACUGAAUUGAACAAGAAAAGUCCAGAGACGAAAAUAAAGACCGUACAAGAGUUCAUUGAACUGUACAAGUCUGACAAGAUUGUCUCACCAAAGAAUGAGAUAGAAACCGUAGAAUGGGAUGUUGAAAAGGAUUCCGAUGAUGAUGUACUAGGGAUGGUCAAAAAUGCAAUUAACAAGAAGGGCAAGAAACAGAUGGUAGUACUGAAAUGGGAUUGA